AAAUUGGAACCGGAGGGUGUUCCAUUAUUGCUGGAGUGGUCAUUUCAAAGCGAUGGCUCUGGGCUGGUGGGUGGCAUGAGCCUACCUUGCCACAAGAUCAUGCUAUGAGGCAAACAGGCAGCGACGUGCUACUGUGGCUCUUUUCCUCAAAAUGAAGGGCUACUCCGCUGACCGCCGGGACCCCACGCAGCGCCCAUCACCCGAACCCUUUCACGUUUCCACCUCUUCCCCUCGCGCGCCCAAUUUUAGCUCAUUUUAGCCAGCCAACCGACCCACACCUCACACUCGCACGGCUACACUAGCUGGGACACUCCCAAAAACCCUCGUCCUCUCCCCUGCCGUUUCCACCGCCGCGACGAGAUGCCGACCACGCCGUCGCCCGGCGACCUCCCCGGCCGCAGGCCCCGCCGCCUGAUCAUCGACGACGACGACGGCCACCACGCGCCGGAGGUCGCCGCGGCCGGGAGCCAGCGCGUCGAGGCGCCCAGGAUUUGGUGCCAAACCCGCUCGCGCCCUCGUCCUCUUCGCAGCCGGUGGCUGCACCGGCCACCGGCGCCAAGCCCGCCGAGAUCAUCGAGAUCGACGACGACGACGACGACGACCGCGUGCCGGAGGUCGCCACGGUCGGGAGCCAGCGCGUCGAGGCGGAAAGCGCCGGGGAUUUGUUGCGAAACCCGCUCGCGCCCUCGUCCUCUUCGCAGCGGGCGGAUGCACUGGGCACCGGCGGCCAUCCCGCCGAGAUCAUCGAGAUCUCCGACGACGACGGAGAAGAAAAAGAUGUCGGCGAGACCGGGGGACCUGUCAAGAAGGAGCCUGUCGAUGACAUCGACUGGCCUUCUCUCCUCUUGUCAAGCGAGGAGGAGGAGGAGGCCCGAAGGUCUGACGAGAGUACGAGCAGCGGCGGCCCCGAUGGAACGAGCAACGGAAUUGAGACGAGUCGGCGAGAGGGUGCCUCUGACGAUGGCGAGGAGGAGGGGGAGGAGGAGGUGGGGAUGCCGGAUCCAGAGGAUAAGGACGGUGCAGAGGACGCGCAUGAGGAAGAAGAUAAAGAGGAGGAAGAGGAAGAUAAAGAGGAAGAUGAAUGGGAGCAGGAAGAAGAGGAAGAAUCGGAGGAAUCGGAAGAAGAUUCCGAGGAACCUGAGGCAGAGGAAGAACCGGGCCGUCGCGUGCUUAGCGAUGCCAGGCUCGCCGGUCGGUACACGGGGCCGCGGCCGGGCGGCGAGAUCUUCCUCAAGCGCAAGUUUGAAGGGUGGUACAUCACCAAGAUGGCGGACACCGCCUCUCCCGGCGGCACCGUCGCGUCGCGGCUGCGGUCAAAGCGGAGAUGCCCCGACGCGAAGCUGCUCCGGCAAGCCACCCGCAGAAAGCCGUACUGCGUCGACACGCCCUCGCAGUCCAGCUCGGAGGCAGAGGAGGACGACAAAGACAAACCACCGCCUCAUCCAGCGCGGUCGUCCAGUGACGAGGGCGGGCGCGGACAUGGCAGGACGGGGAUAAGGCGCCCACGGCGCCGAGGACAAAACGCCGAUGAUGACUCUGACGAAGACGGCAGAUCGGCGACGAGGCGGCGCCGAGGACAAAACGCUGCCCACACCGAUGAAGACUUUGAGGAACCCGGCGGAAUGGCUGCCGCGAGAAGGGAGAAGCAGCGCAUGGAAGAAGAUGAUGCUGCUGCUGACGGCGGCGAUGAGGCUGAUGAGCAGGGAGCUUCCCGGAGGGCAAAGAAAGAAGGAGCGGCGUCCUGCCGGCAGGCGGCCGGCCGCAAGGGCAAGGACUUCCCCGCAGAGGGAUGGGAGCAGCAGGGCGAUGUCACCUUCAAGAAGAGCUCCCUGGUUCCUCCGAGGCGGCAGGACGGGCGAGACCAAGAGACUUACGACGAUCUGCUCUACUCCAUUUUCGAGGGAAUCGAGACCACUCUUCAGAACGCCUCUGCUCCUCUGGACGCCCCUGUUCCUGCACCAGAGCAGGGAGGCGAUCCGUUUCCUCUGGUGUUCUCCUUCGGGGUUGUAGAUAAGGUGGUGCCGGAGAAGACUGCUCUGGACGACCUGUGGGCACAACGUGACUUGGCCUUGGACUUGGAGGCCGAAUCCAACAAGGUUUCUUCUCACACUUGCCACAAGGACGCAGAGAGCGAUGAGCAUGAAAUUCCUGCACAUGGAGGGACUUUUUGCAAGCGAGGGAAGCAUGAUCUCUUUCAUGAUGAUCAAAUCGGCAUUCGAUGCCGAAAAUGUGAUUACAUCGAAAUCGAAAUUAGACACGUAUUUCCAUCCAUGGCCAAGGAAUCGACGGAUAGGGAGCCAGCAGCGGAGCAUGAUAGGCUUGACAUGUUCGUUGAUGACAUCCUGAAAUCAGUUGGUUAUGAAGGGGCAAGCAACGUGGCACUGGGAAGUGACAAAACUGGCGUCGUCUGGGAUCUCAUUCCUGGGGUACGGGAAGACAUGUUCCCACACCAGCGGGAAGGGUUCGAGUUCAUGUGGAGAAAACUCGCAGGAGGGAUCGACAUUGAGCAGCUGAGGCACACCAUGAACACUGACACCACAAGUGGUUGUGUGAUCUCUCAUGCCCCGGGUACCGGCAAGACCAGGCUAGCAAUCACAUUCGUGCAGUCUUACCUGGAGCUCUUCCCGCACUGCAGGCCAGUUAUCAUUGCCCCCAGGGGUAUGCUGGCUACAUGGGAGCAGGAGUUCAGUAAAUGGAAUGUCAAGCUCCCAUUCCAUGUCCUCAGUUCCAGUGAGAUCCAGUGGGAUCAAGACAAGACCAUCCAGAAACUGGUCUCCAAGGAUCAUGGUCUGGGCCAGAAGCUGGCCAUGAAGAAACUGAGCCAGAAAUCCAAGAUGAUGCUGAAGCUUGCAUCAUGGUAUGAAGGGAGCAGCAUCAUCGGUCUAAGCUAUUCGCUCUACAGGAAUCUUGCCAAGGGCGAAGGCAAGGAUGGAGAAAUGCAGAGGAACCUGCUUCUUGAGAAGCCCGGCUUGCUGGUCCUCGACGAGGGGCACACACCAAGGAACAAGAAGAGCCUCAUUUGGAAAGUUCUCGCAGAGGUCAGCACCGAAAAGCGGAUAAUCCUGUCAGGGACUCCAUUCCAGAACAACUUCCUAGAGCUGUACAACAUCUUGUGCCUGGUUAAGCCCAAGUUUGCCAAAGAUUUUGCUUGUACAAGACUCAGCAAGAAAGGAGUUGCUUCCACCAGCCAAUCAAGAGCAGCGCCUUAUGUGGAGGAGGAUGAAGGCAAAGAAUUCUGGAGUUCAUUAAGGAUAAGUAACAUCACGGAUGAACACAUCACUGAAAUCCGGGAAAAGCUGGGCCCUUUUGUGCACAUCCAUAAUGGUGACAUUCUUCAGAAGUCUCUUCCAGGAUUGAGAGAAUCUGUUGUGAUCCUGAACCCUCUUCCUCGUCAGAAGGAAAUCAUCGCAAUGAUGGAGGAAAGUGCAGGGAAGGGUUUUCUUGACGCAGAAUACAAGAUAUCUCUUGCGUCCAUACACCCAUUCCUCGUCACAAGCACAAAGCUGUCAGACACAGAAGCCUCUGUUGUGGACAAGAUGAAGAGCGUGCGGCUGAACCCAUGCAAAGGAGUGAAGACAUGGUUCGUUUUCGAGAUCAUCCGUCUCUGCGAAGCACUGAAAGAAAGAGUGCUGGUGUUCAGUCAGUACCUUGAGCCACUGGCCCUGAUCAUGGACCAGCUUACCACAGAGCUAGACUGGACAGAAGGCAAGGAGAUCCUACUCAUGAGUGGAAAUGUGCGUGUUAAACAGCGCGAAGCCUUGAUGGAAGCCUUCAACGACAUGAACAGUGAGGCUAAGGUGAUGCUUGCAUCAACCAAGGCCUGCUGUGAAGGAAUAACACUGGUCGGUGCAUCGCGUGUGGUUCUCCUUGAUGUCGUCUGGAAUCCUUCUGUUGGACGGCAGGCGAUUGGCCGAGCCUAUAGAAUCGGCCAGGAGAAGAUUGUGUACACAUACAACCUGAUUGCAGAAGGAACAAAGGAGAAGGUCAAAUAUGACAGACAAGCUACCAAGGAUCACAUGUCCAAAUUACUGUUUUCAAAUGAACCGCAACCUACUGGGAGCAAUCUGUCACCGGAACUGAUAUCCAAUGAUAGGAUUUUGGAAAAAAUGGCUGCACGUGAAGAACUCAAAGACAUGUUUGUGCAGAUUCUCCCUUCCCAUUGACUGCAGAAAUUACAGCUCAGUCUUGGAGGUCUGAUGAUUCUACAUUCCAUCGAUAUCGGAAUCUUCAGAGUCUCCAAAUAAUAACUGGCAUCUUGCUGCCCCUGUGGAAUAGCUGCUCCUAGAACUCUUGUGGUGGUGUAUUGUAGGGUACCAGUGGGUUUUCGUCCCUUAGUUUGUCUCUUAAUUGACGAGGAACAGCGGGUUUCCCAUUAGUGUGUCGAACUCGUUUCUUUCCCUUUCUCUCCUUUCUUGCUUUCUGUAAGACUUGGUAUUUCCGAUAUUAUUUGCCUGGUAGUGAACUA